GUCUCACCCUCUGCAAAUGUGACAGACAUUGGCACCUGAACAGCUGCCUUACCUUUCGGUUUCCCCAGGUCUCUUGAAGGCCCCAACCCUGCCUGCUCCUAGCUGGGAGAAGAAUGCCAGUCUGCUACCGGCCCCCUGGGAACGAGACACUGCUGAGCUGGAAGGCCUCACGGACCACAGGCACGGUCUUUCUAUUGCUGGCGGCGCUACUGGGGCUGCCCGGUAAUGGCUUCGUAGUGUGGAGUCUGGCUGGAUGGCGGCCCGCACGGGGGCGACCACUAGCAGCCACGCUAGUGCUGCACCUGGCACUAGCGGAUGGCUCGGUCCUGCUACUCACGCCGCUCUUCGUGGCCUUCCUGACUGGGCAGGCCUGGCCGCUGGGCCAGGCGGGCUGCAAAGCCGUGUACUAUGUGUGCGCACUCAGCAUGUAUGCCAGCGUGCUGCUCACCGGACUGCUCAGCCUGCAGCGUUGCCUCGCAGUCACCCGCCCCUUCCUGGCGCCCCGGCUGCGCAGCCCGGCCCUGGCACGCCGCCUGCUGCUGGCAGUCUGGCUGGCCGCCCUGUUGCUGGCUGUCCCGGCCGCCGUAUACCGCCACCUCUGGGGGAACCAAGUGUGCCAGCUGUGCCACCCAUCGCCGGCCCACGCCGCCGUCCAUCUGAGCCUGGAGACUCUGACCGCCUUUGUGCUGCCUUUCGGGCUUGUGCUUGGUUGUUACGGCGUGACGCUAGUGCGGCUGCGGGGCGCCCGGUGGGGGUCUGGAAAGCACGGGUCGCGGGUGGGCCGCCUGGUGAGCGCCAUCGUACUCACCUUUGGCUUGCUCUGGGCUCCCUACCACGCGGUCAACCUAUUACAGGCGGUGGCAGUGCUCGCUCCGCCAGAAGGGGCCUUGGCGAGGCUCGGUGGUUUGGGCCAGGCAGCGCGAGCUGGAACUACAGCCUUGGCCUUCUUCAGCUCCAGUGUCAACCCGGUGCUCUACGUCUUCACUGCUGGGGAUCUGCUGCCUCGGGCGGGUCCCCGGUUCCUUACACGGCUCUUUGAGGGCUCUGGAGAAGCCCGAGGGACCAGCCGCUCGAGGGAGGGUACCAUGGAGCUCCGAACUACUCCCCGGCUACAAGUAGUGGGGCAGAGAAAGGGCAAUGGAGACCGGGGUGGGAUGGAGAAGGGCAGUCAGGAAUGGGGGUCCUUGACACCAAACCCUACAACCAAAUCUGCUUUUCCCUGCCACUUACCUUCUCCCCUGGAACUCACCCCUCUAGGACAUUUAGGGAUCCUUCUCUGACUAGUUUGGAUCUGGCAGGGUAAAUUAUUAUAUACGUGGAGCAGGCCCAGAUUCCUCCAAACAGAGGAACUCUGAGGGUAGUGAUGGCCCAUAUUAAAAAUACUGUGUGCUUGCAAGUUGGCAUAUACCCAUGUGCCAGCAUUGCUUGUUUGUUGCCAGUGGCUUUAUUGUGAAAUACAUUGGGAAGUCAUUAGAUGAUGACUUAAGUGUGUUCCCUUUGUUGGUUUAUCCUGAGUGAGUUGUACCGAAGCCACCUAAUUCCCAGCUGUACAGGCCAGGGUUGGACAGUACCAACCUUCAGUGGUAUCUUGUGCUACUCUCCUCAGCCCAGGUGGCUGGUUUCCCUAGGCCUACCCAUUGAACUACCUGGCAAAUGGAGAAAGAGCAAGGGAAGGUGUGGGAGUUUGGAUGUGGGAUGAGGAUGAUAUCCAUUCUUUGGACUCUGUUAAGAGCUGCCUGGGGGAAGAAACUGGCUCUGGAAGGAGAAAGUAAAUCUGUGGGAUUUGAAAGGAACAUGUUCCUGCCUAACCUGUUGGUACAAUGGGAGAGAGCACACGGGUGGACAGUGGUGUAGGGGCUUGGGAACCUGAGACUUACCUCCAUCUGACACCACCCCCAAAGCCUUCCUUACUUGAAAAAGAGCUCAGAAACCUGUUCUUUCUUCACUGGGGGACAUUCGUAGGUUGGGGUUAAGGGGUUAUGGGGAAUGACAGGAAUACUUGGAAAACAGGAAGAAUUUUUCAGGGAGGUAGCUCUUCCCUUUCUCCUCCUCUCUUCUUCUCUUCCCCCCUGUUAAGUUUUACCUCCUCCCAAUACUGCUAGAUAUUCCUAAUCUGUCCUUCAAUAUUUCUCAGCCUUGCCUUUUGGAAUCUUUCUAUUGCUGGGUCUAAAAACUGUUCUGGAUCUUGACACUUUUGAUUUUGGGGUAUAGAAUGGGAUUCUUUUUCAGGGAACAUCCACAAGCACCCAUGUGACCAAGUCAUUCCAGUUGAUCCAGAACUUUCCCAGGUUAGCAUUGUAAAUUCCUUAUCCCAACCCUGUCCAGUCCCCUAGCAAACUGAAAUGGUUGGUCACCUGAGUGGUUACUCUACCAUCAAGCUGUGGCCAUCAAGGCUCUGUUUUAGACAGUGUUCACUUCCUCCAGGCAGAGGUCAAGGACAACAAAAGAAACCAGUCCACAGGGUCAUGCCAGGGUCACCAAAACUAAGGUUAGAAUGAACUAGGGCGUUCAGAGCCUAGUCCUUAGUGGGGGAAUAAAGACCUUCAAGGAAGAUGGGUGGGGGAGCAGCUUGAGAGGGGGAGGCAAAGACAGCCCAGUUUCUGUCUGAAGGGGUAUAUGGUUGAAGGGGUUUCUCAGAGCUAAGAGCGUCUUUCUUCAAACACAGGCUUCUUCCUGGUCCUGGUGGCUCUAGGGCAGAGGUUACCUAACUUCCUGUUACAUGUUCCCCACCUCACACACCCGGUAUGGUCAGAGGGCCCUUCCUCAACUCUGCCUUCAGUUCUUGCUGUGGUUUCAGCCCAUUUCUUUUUCAUCAUAUCCUUUGCCUGACAGUUACUGGGUCAACUCUGCUCUGACUUUUCUUAAUGUAGAGCAAGUGGGAGUACUGAGGUAUCAGGGAUCUUAAUGACCACCAUUAUACCUUGCAACUUUCUUGAGAAGUGACAGGGUUGAAACAGAAGCAGGAAGGUAUUCUUAGUUUUUAUGUUCUACAGGAGAUUUCAAGGAGAGAAGACAUCCUUCCAUUCAGGAAAAAGAAGAGGGGACAUUUUGAGGGCUCUUUUCUUUUCAUAUUCCUGGAUUCCCCUCCUGGUAGGACUGUGUGCCCCUGUGCCCUUUCUUUUGCUUUCAUGCUCAGCCCAGGCUUCAGCCUCUACUUUGUCUGUCACAAGUGGAACUGAACCACCUAAGGCUGUGGGAAUACAGGAAAGAAGUGAUGCUGAUCUCCUUGCCCAGCCCUUUGUUCUUAAAAUCUAAACUUGGCAGGGCAGCCACAUAGACAAGCACCAGGCAAGUGACUGGGGGAAGGGGAAGAAAUUUGCAUUCCGUGUGAUACUAAGAAUACCACUUAGACUGGUUUCUACCACAGAGAAUGGAGAACUGGUUAACAUGGAAUGGAACCAAUCCCUUUAAGUGAAGGGAAGGAUGGGAGGUGCUGGGAGAUUGCCCUCUUCCCACAAGCAGGAUCAUGGCUCCAACUGAAGCAAGAACAGGAUGCUGUCCCCUUGGGCUUACUGACAUGCUCUCUUUAAAUCAUGAUGUCACCUAACCCACACCCAGACCCAGAAUCUCAUCACAGCUUCAGCCUAUGCUUUCCAUUAAUCUAAUUGUACACACAAACAUUUUAAUGUGAAACAUAAAGGAAAAAUUUGGAUACUGGCAUGUUAGGCUUUCAGUCUGAGCUAUUUCCCCUCGCCAGCCUCCUUCCCUCCUGCUAUGAUAUAACUAAUUACGUUUGCUCAAUUUUCCAGUCUAGACCUGCAUCUUUAGACCACACCUCAGCCAACUCAUCCUGGCACCCCUAUUUCCUCUCACAAUGCCCCUUCCUGGGCUCUUUUCAUUUGGACCCACUCCUGAGAGUCCUCCUUCCAGUUGGGCUGCCCUGGAACACAAAGACUAUCCCCUCCCUCCCAGUGAAGGGAGGAGGUGGGGGUUUCAGCCCCACCCUCAGGAAGAUGUGUCUUCCCCCUCCCGGGGUACUUCCUCUCUGAUUGACUUAGCUGACAGCGCUCACACCAGGGCCGGCACUGGGACAGAUCCAGGAUCAGCUAUAUCUUGUUCUGGCCCUGGGAUUGGCAUCAGCUUCCAGCCUCUACUUGGCAAAGCUUAUAAGUAAGUAUCCUAGAAAUGGGGAUGGUGGUGUAGGGGAUCAGGUACAGCCAUGAGAGAAUGUUGCAAAGGAAUCUCUAAAGAAAGCCUGACUCGUGUAAAAGGAGUGGGGAGAAUUUGUCUUCAAAGCCUACCCACUAACUCCUUCCUCAUCCCUGUUAUUUCUGGUGAACUCCUGGAUGUUUCUGGGGAGAGUGGGAAGGUGACUGAAAGAAGUCUGUGGGACUGAGGGGCUAAGGUCCUGGCAGGGGACACAGGUGCUAGCUAGCCUUUCAAAAAGUGUAGCAUGGGUGAGGAAAAUCACCCAGUUUGAUUCUGGGUUUCAGGAAAGGAGACUGAAAAGAUCUGGAAAUGUUGUUACUGGGGAUAGUUGUUUAUUUUGCAGUUGGAUCUGUUAACAGGAAAGGGCCCUAUGGCCCAGUUAGGAAAUUAGUCUUUCUACUCAACUGGAUCCCCUUAAGAUAGAAUCAGUUACUGGUGAUGGGCAGUAUAUUUCAGAAGUGCCUUUGAUGAUUCCGAUCUUGGAGACUUAUCAGAGUUUUCAGGCUAAGUGUGUCCAGGGAGUCAGGAAACCCUUGGCUCCCUACCCUUAUGAGUAUCCAUCCUCACUUCCAGGUCAUUGUGAUGGCCACCGAACACUACAUCUCCUGCAGCAUCCUCUUCACGAGGUGUCAUGUUCAUAUCUCUGUUGGCUAUCAUCCUACUGUCAGUGGCGCUGGCUGUGGGACUUCCUGGUAACAUCUUUGUGGUGUGGAGCAUCCUGAAAAGGAUGCACAAGCGCUC